AGUUUGGGAUUGAAGCGGGCGGUGACGCAGCGUGAGGAAGAUGGCGUGAGCCGGGGCCGGGAGAUGAGCGACGUGGUGGAGCGGACCCUGUCGGCGCUGCCGGGCCUCCUGUCGCUGGAGCCCGGCUCCCGGGUGUCGGCCGCCUCCAGGCUCGGCGCCCUCAUCCGCGGCGUCACCGAACUUGCGUCCAAGCAGGAUGAGGAGAAACUGAUAAAGAAGGAACUGGCUGCACUAAGAGAACAAGUCUCUGCUCCUACUACAUCGCUGAAGCAAAUGCGGGAAUGUUUGGUUCGUCUGAUCUACUGUGAAAUGCUGGGGUACGAGGCCUCCUUUGGAUAUAUACACGCUAUCAAGUUAGCUCAGCAGGGCAGCCUGAUGGAAAAACGAGUUGGGUACUUGGCUGUUUCUCUCUUUCUAAGUGAGAGCCAUGAGCUGCUUUUGCUUCUUGUGAACACUGUCCUAAAGGAUCUCCAGAGUACUAACCUUCUCGAGGUUUGCAUGGCUUUGACUGUUGGCAGCCAGCUUUUUCCACCAGACAUGAUCCCUGCAGUUCUUCCUUUGGUUGAAGAGAAGCUUCAGCACUCUAAGGAAAUAAUAAGAAGAAAAGCAGUACUUGCUCUGUACAAAUUUUAUCUUAUUGCUCCAAAUCAAGUUCAACACAUUCAUGACAAGUUUAAGAGAGCUCUGUGUGACAAGGACCCUGGAGUCAUGGCUGCCUCUCUUCACAUCUACCUUUUGCUGAUUAAGGAAAAUCCAGAUGGUCAUAAAGAUUUAACUGGGAGCUUUGUAACAAUUCUUAAGCAAGUGGUUGGAGGAAAACUUGCAGUGGAUUUCAACUACCACAAUGUACCGGCACCCUGGCUACAGAUCCAGUUGCUGAGAAUUUUAAGAUUAUUGGGAAAAGAUGAUCCGGUAACCAGUGAACUAAUGUAUGAUGUUCUCGAUGAAUCUUUACGAAGAGCUGAUCUCAACCACAAUAUAACCUACGCAAUUUUGUUUGAGUGUAUUCAAACAGUAUAUACUAUUCAUCCUAAGACAGAAUUGUUGGAGAAGGCAGCAAUGUGUACUGGAAAGUUUAUCUUAUCACCGAAAAACAAUCUAAAAUAUUUGGGAUUAAAAGCACUCACGUAUGUAAUCCAGCAAGAUUUGAAUUUAGUUCUUCAGCACCAAUUGACAAUAAUUGAGUGUUUAGAUCACCCUGACCCAAUCAUAAAGAGUGAGACACUAGAACUGCUCUACCGAAUCACUAAUGCACAGAAUGUAGCUGUUAUAGUGCAGAAGCUGCUGGACUAUUUGAGGCAAAGCAAAGAUGAAUACAUCACCAUCAAUUUAGUUGGCAAAAUAGCAGAACUUGCUGAAAAAUAUGCUCCCAAUAACGAGUGGUUUAUACAAACCAUGAAUACAGUAUUUUCAGUUGGUGGAGAUAUGAUACAACCAGACAUCCCAAACAACUUCUUGAGACUACUGGCUGAAGGGUUUGAUGAUGAAGUGGAAGACAAACAGUUGAGACUUUAUGCAGUGAAUUCCUAUCUUGCCCUUUUGGAAAAGCCUAAUACACAAUAUCCUCAGAGAUUCCUGCAGGUUAUGAGCUGGGUGCUGGGAGAGUAUUCCUACCUCAAAACAGAAACGAAACCAGAAGACAUCAUACAGAAAUUACACUGUUUACUUGGGAAAUGCGCUGCAAAUUUAGAAACAAAAGCUUGGAUCUUGAGUGCAAUUACCAAACUCUUUUGUCUGACGCUGAAGGUCGAAGCAUUACCUGAAAUCGUGCAAAGUUUUGGGAAUUCAAUGGAAUCUUGUUUGAGACAAUGUUGUUUUGAGUUGGGGCAGCUUGUUGAGAACAAAGAGAUAAUGAGUGCAGUUUUACCAUUGAAUGCAAGUUGCGAUGAUAUAGUGGUUGAUGCUUCACUCUCUUUUCUUGAUGGGUUUGUUGCCGAUGCCUUGGGUCAUGGAGCUGCACCUUAUAAGCCGCAUCAUCAAAGACAAGAAGAGAAGUUGUCUCAAGAAAAAGUGUUGAAUUUUGAACCAUACGGACUAUCUUUUUUGACAAGCCCACAGACCUCCAGUGUUACAGGAAGACAGUCUCCAACAGACUUGUCCUUGAAUUCAGAGAUUUCUUACAACAGCACAGAAUCUGCAUUAAAAGAUUCAGAUAGUCUGAAACUUGAAGGGGUGAAGAAAGUAUGGGGUAAGAAGGGCUACCUUCGAAACAAGGAAUCCAAAGAAGAAACCUCAAGCAAAACAAAUGCCAUUUCUGAAGGUGAAAUGACUGCUGAAUGUUCCUCCACAGUAGAGAAUGUUGCUAGUAUUUCCACAGACGAACAAGAAAAACACAUUUUGGCAUCAUCUCUAUUUGUUGGUUUGGGAUCCAAUAAUUUAGUAAAUUUGAUGGGAAAAUCUCAGAGCACCACCCAUAAAUUUCGGAGAAAGUCAAAGAACAUUGAGAAACAAAAUAGCUUUGAAAAGAUGACGACUGCUCAGAAGGCAACUGUUUCACACCCUGCUCAAAUUCCAGAUCUAAUGGAUAAUGUCCCAGAAAGCUCUAUUUCCUUUGAAGAAAGUAAAACGGUAUCUCUUGGGAAAGAAGCAAGUUACUCUGGAGUGGAACAUGCCCAAGUACCUGAUCAAACCUGGAUUCUGAGUAACAACUUGACAACUGUCAAAGCUAGGCCUACAGCAUCAAAGGAAUCUUUUUCAGGUCUAUUUGCAGAUGGAAAUUUUGACAUUAUACAGCCUGCGAAUUGUAACUCUUCCUCUGUGGCCCAUGAACCAAUCUCCAGUUUGACUCCAAGCUUGCCAGUAGAAUUUUCUGAGUAUUCUCAUUCAAACGUUGAGCGUGUUUGUGCCAAUGAAAAUAUAGCUUUGUUUUUCUGCAAAGUCUGGAAAGAGGACUGUCUGUUAAUAAUCCUAUUUUUUACUAAUCUCAGCAAUGUAGAAGUUACUAAUGCAACAAUCAAUUUUGCAUUAACUGAGGAAUUACAGGCUGGUGAGGACACAAGUUUCCAUUUUACAACAGUGGAAUCACAUUCCUCAGUCAGAUGUCAGCUCUGUCUGCAGAUGGUAAAACCUUGUACCCAGGUAGCCCUUACUGGGCACGUCAAUUAUCAUCCUGAGCACAGUCAUUGUACAGAAGAGAAAUAUGCACUAGCUGUAUUCUUAACUGAUUUUAUCAGGCCAUUAAAACUGUCCACUGAAGAAUUUGGGAACCUUUGGCUUUCACUUUCCAAUGAUGUGAAACAAAAUCUGAGCUUUUCAUUGAACUCAUCUGAAGCUUUAACUUCAGCACUUCAUGCUCUGCAGAAAGAGCUCAGGCUACAUAUUGUGUCUAUUAUAGGAGCAGAAGGGAUUUUAGCUUGCCAACUGCUUCCAUCGAUGUCCUGUUUACUUCAUUGUCGAUUUCAUGCUGGGAUUUUGUCACUGUGGCUGCGAUCAGGUUGCUGUGUCCUUCCAGACUGUUUGCUGUACGAGUGCCAAAAGGUGAUACAAAAAAUCUAACUUCAGCAAAAACUUGAGGCAAACAUAAUCAACCAGCUUGCAUUUCCUUCACGGGUUUGGCAAUGCUUCAAGUUCAUUGAAAUCAAGGUGGCUGUGAUGUUUGAUGACAAACUUAUCCAAGGCCACUGAAGUUGGUUCCAGAGUAAUGACGUGAGAAGAACAAUGGUUAACCACUGCAGCCUCAGAGUUAAGAGCAUUUUGCAAUGGAGUAGCAGCAAUGUACUGAACCUGAUCUUUGGAGAGUCCCUGAGAUUUGAUUUCCUAGCAGUUUCUUGCAAGAUGUUCAUAUGUUUGAUACAAUUUCCAAAGUUUUUUUUAAUAUGGAAAUUCUGGAUGAGAGCUUGGCUAGUGCCACUAUGAGCACUUGAGGAAACUGCAAAAUAAGGUAAAACAUUUUGGAUCAUGGCAGUGUUUUGAUUUCACAUUUUGAAGUUUUGGACACAUUGGGAUCUGUGAGACAAAAACAUACUUUCCUACUGUUUGCUGAAUGUCAGGAAUCUUGGAAUAUUGUAGCACGUAUAGCAUGUUUAUGGUUGCAAACAAGCUUAAAAGUUCUCAUCUAGGAAUUCCAUCAAAUGAACAUCAAUUUAUUCUGCCUGUGUUGCAAAGUCAUCUAUGUAUUGGGUACCCACUCAAAUACCAGAAAUAUUUUGAGUCUCACACCAUCAGUUCUCGAGCACAGAAGCUGUCAAACGGUGUGAGCGUUUUUGCAGUUGUGCAUAAUUGGUCAUGGUUUGCUCACUUCAAUGCAGUUUGAAGUAAUAGAACUUGCAAAAUGAAAUUUGUCUUUGGAUGGUGCAGGGAAGUUUUAUUGCUCCAGUAUGUUAGAUGUAACACUAAUUUGUUACAAGAGCUUCACUAAUUUCUUGCACUAGGAUUAAAAGAAGGGAGUUUGCUUCUUAUUUUUUGCACUGUUGUCAAGAUAAAGGUAAUAAUCAGGGAAGUAUUUUCAUGCUGUACCAGAGCAGCUGUGCAUGUAAAUUAAUAGCGCUAAUCAAGACUAACCCAAGGCCUUAUGUUUAUACAAUAUAACAAGCUUUUUGUGUACCGGUGGUACAGUCUCCCUGUUUAAUAAUGUGUGUGUAUAUAUACAAUACAUAAUAUAUAAAUAUACUGUGUGUUUUAUUAUGGUUUUUGUAAAUGCCUGUAAUUUAAUGACUGCCUUGCUCAA